AUGUCUCUUUUUCAUAGAGCUGAUCCAGCUGCCGACGCUGGGGCCACAUUUUCGCUCUAUCACUACGAUCCGACAAUUGCUGGCGGCGUGGUCUUUGCGCUGCUCUAUCUCGCCACUUCAGGGCUUCACUUCUGGCAGUUGUUCCGCGCGAGAUGCUGGUUCAUGAUUCCACUGGCUAUGGGAGGCAUUCUUGAGGUUAUCGGAUACGCAGCUCGAGCCAAAUCAGGCGAUGAGAGUCCCAACUGGACUCUUGGUCCAUAUAUCAUCCAGGCAAUUCUCUUGCUCGUGGCGCCCGCUCUUUUUGCUGCGAGUAUUUACAUGGAGCUCGGCAGGAUCGUCAUCAUGUCCGAGGGCGAGGGACAUGUCAUGAUUCAAAAGAAGUGGAUGACCAAGAUCUUUGUCACGGGAGAUGUUCUGUCUUUCUUUCUUCAAGCUGGAGGUGGAGGAUAUCAAGCCGCUGGCUCGCUAGAGGCCUUGAACAACGGUGCCAAGGUCAUUAUUGUCGGCCUCUUUGUCCAGCUCAUCUGCUUCGGCGUUUUCAUCGUCAUUGCUGUGUCCUUUGACCGGUCGAUGCGACAGUCUCCGACAGGCCGAUCACAUGUGGUUCCCUGGAAGAAACACAUGAAGGUGUUGUACGUCGGUAGCAUGCUGAUCAUGGUGCGAUCCGUCUUCAGGGCUGUUGAAUAUCUGCAAGGCUUCAAUGGAUACCUGUUGAGGCAUGAGGCAUAUCUGUACAUCUUUGAUGCUCUCCUCAUGUUUCUCGUCAUGGUCUUGUUCAACUGGAUUCACCCGGCUGAGAUCACGGCCAUUCUCGGUAACAUGGGCAAUUCAUAUGGUUACAAGAUGGAUUCGGUUGGGGGUCACCAUCGCUUGACUGAGGAGGCUUGA